AUACGUUGUUUUUGUCAUCGCUAAUGUGGAAAAUAUAGAAAAACAUUUUAUAAUUGUUUUAUGUUCGAUAUUGAUUUAUAAAAAAUUUGAAUACUGUAUAUUAUUGAAACAAAGUUGUGGUUGUUGAUGCUCAUAUAAAUAUUCCGGCUUAAGAAUGAUAGGUAUGAACCGCAGAGGUAUGAAUUCAGCGUCAGCAAUGGCUGCCCAAGCAGCAUUAGAUGACAAUAGCUGGAAAGGCGUCAAUGAAGGUGCGCCUCAUUUAUCCAAUGCAAAUAAUGCAAAUGCUAUUAAUCCAGAUGGAGUAAGUCAAAGUGGAUUUCCUCAAAAUUCUAUUCCAUUCAAUUCGUCUGGUACGCAGUAUUCGCAAGCCGGUCAAUCAUCACCCGCUGGUAAUCAAUCAAUGGUGUUCCAAAACUCGAAUCAACCUGGUUCAAAUACACCACAGUAUACUUCAUCUCCUGCACCCUCAGGUUCUUCAACGCCUGGUCCUGUCGGUCAACAAGGUUUAGGCAAUAAUUAUGUGCAAUCCGCAGGAUCUGCUAAUUUUAAUGGUCCAGUUGGUGGUCCAUUCGGAUCUCCUUCUUCUGGUUUGUCACAAUUUAAUCGACCAGCAAGUUCUGGCACUCCUUUUAAUAGUGGUCAUUCUGGUCACUAUCCUUCACAAUCUGUAUUUGGAGUUGGACAGUUUAACGCGUUGCCACCUACUGCACCUUUCGGGCACGGUACGCAUCCUAUGAUGGGUGCAUCUCAACAACUUGAUCGUCUCGACCAAGGGUUUAGACGACAUAAUACAUAUUUCAGUCACACUGAACACCGUGUUUUUGAACUUAAUAAACGUCUACAACAACGUACCGAAGAAAGUGAUAACUGUUGGUGGGAUUCUUUCACAACAGAAUUUUUUGAAGACGAUGCUAGAUUAACAAUUUUAUUUUGUUUAGAAGAUGGUCCAAAACGAUAUACAAUUGGACGUACUUUAAUACCAAGAUUUUUCCGUAGCAUAUAUGAAGGUGGCGUUUCUGAUUUAUAUUUUCAACUUAAACAUGCUAAGGAAUCUUUUCACAAUACUUCGAUAACAUUGGACUGUGAUCAAUGCACAGUUAUUACACAACAUGGGAAACCAUUUUUUACGAAAGUAUGUGCUGACGCAAGACUUAUAUUAGAAUUCAUAUAUGAUGACUAUAUGCGUAUUAAAUCUUGGCAUAUGACAAUCAAAGGACACAGAGAGCUUAUUCCUCGGUCGGUAAUAGGUUCGUCACUUCCACCUGAUCCAAUGCUACUUGAUCAAAUUACAAAAAAUAUUACGCGUGCUGGAAUAACAAACUCAACACUUAAUUAUUUACGGUUAUGUGUUAUAUUAGAGCCAAUGCAAGAACUUAUGUCGCGGCACAAAGCAUAUGCUUUAAGUCCACGUGACUGUUUAAAAACUACACUUUUUCAAAAAUGGCAAAGAAUGGUUGCACCACCUGGUAAAAAAGAUCCACAACGACCAGCAAAUAAGAGACGUAAAAGAAAAGGAUCAAAUUCAGGAGGAGGGGCAAAUCCUGGUGCCCAAAAUGUAACUAAUCAAAAAAGAUCACCGUCUGGACCAAAUUUCUCACUUUCUUCUCAAGAUGUUAUGGUAGUAGGCGAACCUACAUUAAUGGGUGGUGAAUUUGGUGAAGAGGAUGAAAGAUUAAUAACCAGACUUGAAAACACUCAAUAUGAUGGGUCUAAUGCAGUUGAACACGAUAAUCAUCCAGGAUUUGGACAUGCGGAUUCUCCAAUUUCAGGGUCAAAUCCUUGGAAUCUUGAUAGAACAGGGAAUAUAGCAUCCAGUCCGGGUAAUGGAGUAGUUCCGCAAAAUAAUGCCAACCUCUCUGAAAUAGACAAAAAAAGUCCAAUCGUGUCACAAUAAAGUAAUUUAUAUCUUUUAAGCAUAUGUAAAAUAUAUUAAUAAAGCUCUGUCACAG